GAGCAUGCGUGGAAAUGGCACCCGAGGGCGCCCUCUGACCCGACGUCCGCCGCGGGCGCGCGCCCGUACGCCGGAAGAGGCGGGGCCAAGAAUGACUUUAUAUAUCGCGCUCCGCCGGGCCGCAGCCCUCUACCGGCUGGAUAGGCGGCACGAUGUCGCACAGGAAGUUCUCGGCGCCCAGGCACGGGUCCCUGGGCUUCCUGCCCCGGAAGCGCAGCAGCCGGCACCGCGGCAAGGUGAAGAGCUUCCCCAAGGACGACCCGAGCAAGCCCGUGCACCUCACCGCCUUCCUGGGCUACAAGGCCGGCAUGACGCACAUCGUGCGGGAGGUGGACCGGCCGGGCUCCAAGGUGAACAAGAAGGAAGUGGUGGAGGCCGUGACCAUCGUGGAGACCCCGCCCAUGGUGGUCGUGGGCAUCGUGGGCUACGUGGAGACCCCGCGGGGCCUCCGCACCUUCAAGACGGUGUUCGCCGAGCACAUCAGUGACGAGUGCAAGAGGCGCUUCUACAAGAACUGGCACAAGUCGAAGAAGAAGGCCUUCACCAAGUACUGCAAGAAGUGGCAGGACGACGCGGGCAAGCGGCAGCUGGACAAGGACUUCAGCAGCAUGAAGAAGUACUGCCAGGUCAUCCGCGUGCUGGCGCACACGCAGAUGCGCCUGCUGCCGCUGCGGCAGAAGAAGGCGCACCUGAUGGAGAUCCAGGUGAACGGCGGCACCGUGGCCGAGAAGCUGGACUGGGCCCGGGAGCGCCUGGAGCAGCAGGUCCCGGUGAGCCAGGUGUUCGGCCAGGACGAGAUGAUCGACGUCAUCGGCGUGACCAAGGGCAAGGGCUACAAAGGGGUCACCAGCCGCUGGCACACCAAGAAGCUGCCCCGCAAGACGCACCGAGGGCUGCGCAAGGUGGCCUGCAUCGGCGCAUGGCACCCGGCGCGUGUGGCCUUCUCUGUGGCACGGGCUGGGCAGAAAGGCUACCACCACCGCACGGAGAUCAACAAGAAGAUCUACAAGAUCGGCCAGGGCUACCUGAUCAAGGACGGCAAGCUGAUCAAGAACAACGCCUCCACCGACUACGACCUGUCAGACAAGAGCAUCAACCCCCUGGGUGGCUUCGUGCACUAUGGGGAAGUGACCAACGACUUCGUCAUGCUGAAAGGCUGCGUGGUGGGCACCAAGAAGCGGGUGCUGACCCUGCGCAAGUCCCUGCUGGUGCAGACCAAGCGGCGCGCCCUGGAGAAGAUCGACCUCAAGUUCAUUGACACCACCUCCAAGUUCGGCCACGGCCGCUUCCAGACGGUGGAGGAGAAGAAGGCGUUCAUGGGACCACUUAAGAAGGACAGGAUUGCAAAGGAGGAGGGGGCCUGAAGGGGCUUGGAGUGUGCUGCAUUGCAAUAAAGUGACUUUCCAGGA